AUGAACAACGAUGAAUACCUUAAUAAUACCAAUAAUCAAAAUGGAGACGAUAUAGAAAUUAAUACUGAAAAUCAAAAUAAUCAAUUUUAUCAAGAGGAACAAACUAUCAUAAAUAAUAAUAAUAAUAAUAAUAAUAAUAAUAAUAAUUAUAAUAAUACAAAUUUAGAUAAAAUUGAAAUGCAAGAACAAAAUAUUUCUAAUGAAAAUAUAGUUCCUUUAAUUGAUAUCAAUAGUAAUAAAAAUAAUAAUUGUAAUGAUGAUAAUAAUAAUGAUAAAACCUUAAAUGGCGAACUACAAACAGAACAACUAAAAAAAGAAAAUUAUGAAGAACAACAAUUAAUUAAAAAAGAGCAUACAGUAUUUAAUAGACAAUUAUAUAAAAAGAUAAAAACUUUAGAUGAUAAUAGAAGUAGUAAUACUGGUAUUGAUAUUCUUAAAAGAAUCGAAACAAUUCAUAGAGAAACUAAUUUAAUUUGUGGUGAAUAUAAUUUAAAAGAAAAUUAUAAUAAAAUAAAUAGAGUUAAUAUUAGUGAAAGUGAAAAUAUUGAAUUUAAUAAUAAUAAUAAUAAUAAUAAUAAUAAUAAUAAUGAUAAUAAUAAGAAAAUAAUUAAUAAUGAAAAUAGUGAUGUUAAUUGUAAAAAUGUAAAUAAUGAUGAUGAUAAUAAUAGUAAUAAUAAUAAUAAUAAUAAUAAUAGUAAUAUUAAUAGUAGCAGUAAUAAUAAUAGCUAUUACAAUUAUAAUAACCGACAGUGUAACAAUAUAAAUAAUAAUAAUAAUAAUAAUAAUAAUAAUAAUAAUAAUAAUAAUAAUAAUAAUAAUAAUAAUAAUAAUAAUAAUAAUAAUAAUUUUAAUAGUUUUGGUAACAUAAACAAUGAAAAUAAACUUAAAAGUAUUAGCACUUGUGAUAAUAGUGAUACAAUUAUUAAUAGCAAUGGCAAUAAUAAUAAUGGUAGUAAUAACAAUUAUAGUAAUAAUGACAAUAGUAACGAAAAAAAUGAUAUCGAUAAUAUAAAUAAUAAUAACAAUAAUAGUAAUGGAGGAAGCAACGGUGGUAAUAAUAAUAAUAAUAAUAAUAAUAAUUUAAAUAAUAAUAGAUACUUUAGUUGGUGGAAAUUAUUAUUUAACCUUGUAAUAAUAUUUUUUUUUAUGAUGAUAUUGGUAUCAGACUUUGGUCAACAAAAAGUUCAAUCGAAAUAUAAUAGUCAAUAUGGUUAUCAAGGUUAUCCACAUGGAUAUCAUCAUCAUUAUCAACAACAACAGCAUUAUCAACAACAGCAACACUACCAACAACAACAACAUCAACAACAACAGCAACAGCAAUACCAACAACAACAACAACAACAACAACAAUAUAAUUAUCAAUAUAGUCAAAAUUCACCAUAUAAAAAUAGUGGUGGUAAUAGUAAUAGUAAUAGUAACAGUAAUAAUAAUAAUAAUAAUAAUAAUAAUGAUCAAAAAAUACAAUUAAGUAGUAAUGAACAAUUAAUGAGUGAAAUUUCAGAAUUUAAUAGAAGGAACCCAAAUAAUAAGUAUUUUUAUCAUCAUCAUCAUCAAAAUAAUUAUGAUUUAUUCUUGGGAUUAUUGAAUCGUUAUGAAAAGAGUAAUGGUGAGGGUGAUAUUGAAGGUUCAUUAUCGUCACUGUUUUCAAUCGCUCAAAUGUCACCAUACUAUUGUAAUGCAAAGUUAAGGAUAGCUCAAUUGUUUACAUUGAAAAAAGAGUAUCAAAAUGCUGAAUCCAUGUAUUUAGAAGCUUUGGAUUGUGAAAGAUGGUUAAAAUUGGAUUAUAUCAUUGAUCUAUUGGGUUUCUAUAACUAUGUGGAACGAUAUGAGGAAUCAUUUGCUCUCUCAAAUCGUGCCUCUAUACUAUUCCCAAAUUGUACUGACUUGGUCAAAAUUAAAGAGAAAACUAAAAUACUCAUGAUAAUGUCUGAUAAUAAUCAUAAUACAAAUUAUAUCAAUUCAAAUGGAAAUAUUUUUUAUUUCUCUGGAAUUAAUUAA